AAAGCCAGAUAUUUUUUUUUUGUACUGUCGUGCUAAAAGCUCGUCUGCUGCGAGCAUCAAUCAUGCAAUAAAGUGAUUUUGUUAUAGCUUACUGUAUGUAAUGAUUCGAAAUAUGGCUUCAAAAAGUUCAGACAUUGGUCGUCAGUUGAGAAGUGUUCUUGACCGAAUGAACGCUGCUGCUUUAAGAAGGCCGCAACAACUUCAAGGACUUAAUAUACGGCUUGUAGCAGUAUCCAAGACAAAGCCAGUUUCAAUGAUCCUGGAGGCAUAUGACUGUGGCCAGAGACACUUUGGUGAAAACUAUGUAAAGGAACUGGAAGAAAAGGGACAUGAUCCUCAGAUCUUACAACAUUGUAAGGAUAUCAAGUGGCAUUUUAUUGGUCAUCUACAGAAGAAUAAGGUCAACAGAGUCACAAAUGUACCAGGGCUGUGCAUGGUUGAGACAGUGGAUUCUGAAAAACUGGCCACUGCAUUAAAUAAUUCAUGGGGCAAACUGUCACAGAAUCGACCACUGCAUAUUAUGUUGCAAGUUAACACAAGUGGAGAGGACAGUAAGAAUGGUCUGCAGCCUUCUGAGGCAGCAGCCAUGGCUCUGUUUGUGCAAGACAAGUGUCUACAUCUAAAAUUGGCAGGCCUGAUGACCAUUGGUGCUUUUGAGAGAAGUGUUGGAGAUGACAUCAACCCAGAUUUUCAGUGUCUGGUUCAGUGUCGCCAGAAAGUAGCUGAAGUGCUCGGAGUUGGAGAACUCGAGUUGGAGUUAAGCAUGGGCAUGUCACACGACUUUGAACAUGCAAUCGAAGCCGGCAGUACCAACAUACGAGUGGGGAGCACUAUUUUUGGGGUGAGAGAUUAUCCACAAAAUCAGACCCACGGAUCCACAGCUUCGGAUUCGAACAGCUGUUCAUCAUCCCUGACCAGCAAAAAUAAAUCUGAUUCUGGCGAAGCUUCAGGAUCCUCACACAAUUCUGUAUCUUUUGUUUCAUAAUCUGACAUUGUCCUAAAAACAUGCUAUUUUCUGUUGACACAAUAAAACCCUAUUUCUAUUACCAGCA